GAAGACAUUUCGCGAGUCGACGACGACGGAACGCGAGGUGUUAAAUUAUUUUAAUCGUCGGAUUUGUGAUUUUGUGCUCCAAUAAAAUUAUAAAAAAAUAUAAUUACAUGAUUCUAUAAACAGCAAUAGGAACUAAUUGAGCAGCAAGAUUUCGCAACUUUAGAAAGACGACAGUAUAACUGUUAUAAGGAUACUUUAUUUAUAAUUAAAUACAAAGAUAAGAUUACAUUUUGGAAAACGUAGAAAGGAUUAUAGUGGACGUAGAAGUGAAUCAGCAUUGGAGCGCCGUUAUUUGAUAAUUGUUGUAUCGAACACAUGUCGCUCCAUCUGCCGUUUAAUCGAUUUAUACAGUUAAAGUAAAAGAAACGAUGCGAUGGUGAUGUGUUCGAUGGAUUCGCCGGUGGCGGGCAUCCCACGCCCGCCCCCGCUCAAUCCAUACCUGCUGCCUAAAGCAGCUUCCGGUUCGGCAUCCGUUUCCGGCGGAUUCCGUCUGCUGGACUCGCAACAGGAUGAUACAGGAAGUGUGUACAGCGUCUACAAGCAGAAGAUAGACGCGAUGUUCGAAUCGGACACAUCGUCGACGAAGAACAGCGUUCAGGCCAGGAUCGAGAAGAUGUUCACCGAUGUAGCCAUCGACAACGGUAUCCCCGUUAACGAUUACGGAUGCCACAAUUUCUCGGUGGACUAUCUAGGCUCAGUGCCCUUGCAAGAGAAAGUCACAAGUCUGGCAGGACUGCAAAAACCGCUGAAGGAUCUCUAUUUCGCGUACAAAAGAACAACAAAGCACAAGAAAACGUUGACCGGUCGAUUGGAAAUCUCAGCGGUCGGAUUAAAAGUCCAAUAUCAAGGAGAAAAAGGUGAUCUAGAACAGCUCAACUCUUUCCCAACGAUAGCCGUUUGGUCGGCGGUGAAAUUUGUCAUGAAUGAAAACACGAAAUCCUCAUAUGCAUUCCUCCCAUUGAUCACUGAUCCAGACAACAUUGACAAGAAACAGCUUUUCAAAGCAAUGGAUUCUAGCGAAAGAAAGAUAAUUGGAUCGAACAAUCCACACUCACCUUUAUUUGCCGUUGUCAUGAGGAAAAUUGGUGUGCACAAACAGCUAGAGUGUCAUGGAUUCGUCUGCCAAACAUCAGAAGAUGCCAUCGUCAUUGCGGCCACUCUCUACAAAUCUCUGAUGUCACAUAUGAAGGCCAAAGAGAAGAGGCCCAAGAACAGAAACGGCGUAACUUGCAUGUCAGUCGCAUCAACAAUCAAUGAACCACAUCCAGCACUUCCGAUUCCAGUUCGUCCGCCCAGAAAAAAACGAAGCAGCACUAUGUCCGGAGGCUCAUCAAUCAUAAGCGAUGUCGAUACAAUUGAUACUGAAACGGCGCCAUUACUGCAAGAUCGUUCAAAAUCUCCAAAAAAAAGUACGAAAACGAAACGAGCCCCAAAGGCACCGGACUUAUCGGAUUUAGAUGCAAUCCUACCAUACGAGGAGCCUACAAAUUUGGACAAACCUUUGAUUCAGCAACCUCCACCACCGUUAGGCGAUAAGUGGAACACCUACAAGAGCAAUCACCAAAAGCAAAUCACCGCAGAAAUCAAACAAGUUAUGAGUGAAAGCUCAAACAUGGGAUUGAAAAGAGUAAAAAGUGUAAGAAGGGCUCAAGAGGAAGUUCAAACUACAGGAGAUAACAACGGCGGCGAUAUUCUUACUAAGGUUACAAUUCCAAGGUCGGGUAGCUUUCUGAACGCCGGAGGAUUGACUAGGUAUAAAUCUAAAAUACAAAGACUCAAUGGCCAAGCAAGUGGCGGAUCUCCGUUGGGAUUCAACGAACUCUUCAACGAAUUCCGUCUACAGGAAGGUUUGAACUCGCUGGAUGAAAUCCUUGGAGUUAUCAUCGAUCCCGAGGGAAUGUCUUUCAACGAUCUGAAACCGAUCUAUAAAGAGUUUCUAUUGAAGCUUGCGGUGACGUUGACAAAGGACGAAUUGUAUCAGAGAUCAAAAGCUAUAAUGAGAAGGCAGAAGAAAAAGAAGCUGAUGCUGCGAAGGCCAGCGAAGAAAACUAAUCAAAAGAAGCAAAGGAUAGUUUGCUCAAAAUUCAAGAGAUUUAAGCACGUAUUUAAACGUUUUAAAUCAUCUUCUUCGCAGCAGCGACUGAAGGAAGAAGAAAAUAUCAAGCCAGAGAGCACGAUAUCCAGUUCAUCGUAUGACACGCAACACUUCACACCAAAAACGCCUAUUGUAAGGCAGAGUACGUCGGAGGAAAGCGAUUUUUUCUCGCUGAGGAAGUCGUCCAGGCAGAUCAACCAACAUAGGAAUAGUUCCAGCGGCUACGUCUCCUGCUCGGAAUGCUCUUUCGACAGCGACACUUGCACUUGCGUCUCCGCAGACAAAUGUUACUGUUCUUUAGGUAAUAAAAUUAACAACAAGUGCUCAGAUUUUGGUGAAUCUUUGACUUAUUGCGGAUGCGACACAGAUUCGUGCGCGGAUAGCAACAAAUGUUAUUGUAAUCGAGGUAACAACAUCAACGAUCAGCUUAAUCGAUUGAAGAACUACGUACCUCCGACAGCUAAAAACUGUUGCAAGAGAAAUUCUAAUACCAGAAGUACAAAGAGCGUUUUGGAAUACAUGCACAAUCCCAGCGAGAGGUACUACGAGAAGCUGCACUCGCGCCGGAAGAAAGAUUACGAAAUAAUGGAUCAAAGAUUCCUUUACAAAGAUCACAUUUGCAAUGAUGGCAGGAAGAGCGUUCAAUCAAGUGGGCCUUGCACCGAAGCCCUAUCCGUAAAGAAGUCGGCCGAGAUAGCAGCGCUUUUCGCAGACAUCAAGCUCAGCCAAACAACUGACAUCACGCAGAUUUUACCCAGACAUCACACCAAAUUCCCUUUCAGCAACAACCAACGUCUAAUUCCGAAUUCCCUUUAUACCAGUGGCUACGGGCACGGCGGUGGAAAUCGUGGCUUAUACAGCGCCAAAAACGGUCUGUACACCAUACAGAGCCAAUCCGACGAUAGCAGCCGCAGUAAAUCAGAACGCGACUAUUUCAACGUGAGCAAGAAGAAAUCGCAGAAGGUGCUAAGCUCAAAUCUUGAAAAUUCCCUCGGUUACUUACCUUGACAUCGAAUCGAGUCUAUAGAACACAGUGUUUAACGGCCUAGGGGGAUUUUUUUCUUUGGGGAAUAGGGGUUUGGCAACCUAUAUCUGUGGGGGAGGUUGAGAGACUCGGACAACAGAAAAUUGUAAAUCUUCACUUCCGGUCGCGGGAUUUUUAUCUUAAACUGUACGUGCAAUAUCUUAAACCAAAAAUGGAUCCACUAUUUUGUUUCUAUUUAGAUUUUUUUUCUUUAUUAAAUUAUGAUCCAUGAUGGAUGUAAAGAGAUGAUGAUAAAACUGUUAUAUUUUUUAUUUGGCUUAAAAAAUAUAUUCUGUUAAUAAAUAUGUAGACAUACAUACAUCAUAUAUGCCGGAUGGUUGCGUUCAAUCCCUAAACCUUUCUCAUAGUUCUAGGGAGAAAGUGGUUUAGUUGAUAAAGGAGUGCGAUCCGGCAAAUUUGAUUUUGUUCUUCGUGUAAUAUUUUUUCUUAGCUUUAAUAUUUUA